UCGCUUAACCUUGUUAGAAGUACCAUUUUUGGAGUAGCGGUCGAUUUAUUUUUAUAAAUAAAAUAUAACUGAACAAAAUUUAAAUACAAAUAUGUGCAAGUAGUUGACAAAAUAGGAAGACAUUAAAUAAAAUAAAACAAUAACAAAUACUUGAAUUAAAAUCAAAACAAACACUUGUAUUGAAAAUCAAUAUUAUUUAACAAAUUGUACUUGUAAUAUUGACGCGUAAAAUAGUAUUUCCAAAAAAGUUUUUCGAAAGAGUGCAAAAUUAUUAAAACACGUGAAAAUGGCGGAGCAAGUGACUGAGGCAGCAACAACAGCCGUGAAAGCAGAGUCUGAAGCACCAAAAAAGAAAAAACUUGAAACCAACGAUAUCGUUUCGAUUGUAAUCUCCAUUAUCUGUGUGAUUUUAAUUGUGAUCAUUGUUUAUAGUUUAUUUGUGCAUUUUACCGAAGUCGCAAAUCAAGAUCGUACCUUUACUAUAGAUCAUGUGGGUAACACUUUUCUCAUGAAUGGCCAACCUUUUCGUUAUGUGUCCGGAUCGAUUCAUUAUUUUAGAGUAGUUCCAGAAGCUUGGCAUAAACGAUUAAGAUCUAUGAAGGUGGCUGGUUUAAAUGUAAUAGAUAUUUACAUUGAAUGGUCUCUACACAAUCCUCGUGAUGGAGUUUAUGAAUGGUCGGGCAUUGCAAAUAUUGAACGAUUUUUAAGGCUGGCCCAGAAGGAAGGUUUGUAUGUGAUAUUAAGACCUGGUCCUUAUAUCUGUGCGGAAAGAGAUAAUGGAGGUUUGCCCUAUUGGCUUUUUAGAAAAUAUCCCGGCAUUGAAGUACGCACAAGUGAUGCUAAUUACACCCAUGAGGUUUCUGUGUGGUAUAGCCAAUUAAUGCCCAGAAUGCAGCGCUUCUUGUAUGGCAAUGGUGGUCCGAUUAUAAUGGUUCAGGUUGAAAAUGAAUAUGGCAGUUUUGGAGCAUGCGAUCGUAAAUAUAUGAAAUGGUUAAGAGAUGAAACUUUAAAACAUGUUGGCGAUAAGGUUGUGCUUUUCACCAUCGACUAUCCGGCUGAAGAGCUGGAAUGUGGCAAAGUUGAUGACGUGUUCGUGACCAUAGAUUUUGGGGUAGAUGAAACCAAAGAUCUGGAUACAAUUUGGCAAAAGUUAAGAUCUGUGCAGCCUACUGGGCCUUUGGUUAAUUCCGAAUUUUAUGUGGGUUGGUUGACCCACUGGCAUGAAAAAAAUCAAAGAGUUGGUCCACAAGCAGUAGCGGAUGUAUUAGACAAAAUGUUGGCCUCAAAUGUCAGCGUUAAUAUGUACAUGUUCUUUGGUGGCACAAAUUUCGGUUUCACCGCCGGCGCUAAUGAUUUUGGUGAGAGCAAAUAUACACCCGAUAUCACUUCGUAUGAUUACGAUGCCCUCUUGGAUGAACGGGGAAAUAUCACCAAGAAAUAUGAGUUGGUCCGCGAUGUGAUCAGAAAAUAUUUCAGAGUAUCCAAAAUGAAACCAGUGAGAGAACAAACCUAUACUUAUGGCAAAGUGGAUUUAAAACCAGUAAUGAAUUUGCUAUCCCAAGAAGGUCGUAACACAUUGGGCCAGCUAGAGGUUAUAAAAUCUGUCCAGCCAAAAUCGUUUGAAGAACUAGAUCAAUUUUCUGGCUUAAUAUUGUAUGAAACCUCGGUGGAGGGCAUGGAUAUUGAAAACUCUACCUUAACAGUAAAUGAGCUAAGAGAUCGUGCUUUAAUCUAUAUAGAUCAAGAAUUUGUGGGAAUUUUAUCCAGACAAAGUGGUAAUUACUCUUUAAUGUUGGAUAAACCAUCGGGCUCAAAUUUACAAGUUUUGGUGGAAAAUCAAGGCCGCAUUAAUUAUCACAUAGCCAAUGAUACUAAGGGCAUUAUGGGCCUGGUAACGCUGCAAAAUUCUAAAGGAGUUACUACCAACUUAGAGAAUUGGAUACAUACAGGCUAUCCCCUAGAAGAAUCUAAUAUGAAAAACAUAUUAUCCUCCAACUUAAAACCAUUACAGGAAAGCAAUAAUCUAUUAUACCAAGGUCCGGUAGUAUACACUGGUGAAUUCUACGUAAAAAAGCCUUUUCAUACAUUUCUAAAUCCCUCUGGUUGGGGUAAGGGAGUUGCCUAUGUAAAUGGUUUUAAUUUGGGUCGUUAUUGGCCUUUAGCUGGACCUCAGCUUACGUUAUAUGUACCUCUAGAAAUUUUAAAGAGAGGUCGUAAUACUUUAAUGAUAAUUGAAUACGAACAAACUAAUCGUGUCAGUAAGGAUGUUGAUCCUUAUAUAACUUUAGAUAACAAGCCUCAAUUAGAUAAUUAAGUAAGAACUGUUUUAUGACUUUGAUAUAUAGUUUUAAUAUUUAAGAUUGUAUUUAAAGUGAUAUUAACUAAAAAGAGGCUAAUAUUAGUUAAGUGUU